UAAACCUCAUUCAACAUGGAAGUGCUGGUGGACACCUGGCCAGAUUAUCAGAUGGUAAUUACUUGGCAUCGGAAAGAGGAGAUGAAAGACGACCUGGAUCGUUAUACCAACACUUACCACAUCUUCACCAAAGCUCCUGACAAGUUAGAGGAAGUCCUGGCAUGCCCCCAGGUUAUCAGUUGGGAACAAACUUUCCAGAUCCAAGGUUGCCAAGUGAAUGUGGGGGCGGCAAUAAGAAAGAUUUCAGCUGCAAAAUCAGUGCAGGAAGAUCACUUGAAGACCACACUCAUUAUGACAGAAAUACCAGAGACCAAGACAUCAAGUGAUGAUGAGAUGGGUUUGGUGGAAUCAUUUAGCAUGCCCAAAGUGGAUGAAGAUAGCAAGAAAGGAAGCUUUCAGAACAUCUUGGAUGCCUCCCAUGUGGGGCCUGUGAAUGAGCAGUGGAACUUUGGAAAAAAUGAAAGGAGCUUGAAAUAUAUUGAAUGCUGUCUCCAGAAUUUUCCAGGAUUUGGUGUGCUGGGUCCAGAGGGGGACCCUAUCUCUUGGAUUGUGAUGGAACAGUCUUGUGAGAUGAGAAUGGGUUACACUGUCCUCAAAUACCGAGACAAAGGCUACAUGAAGAAAAUCAGUUUUCACUUCAUAAAGUAUUUUAUUCAGAAAAAAAUGCCAUUUUAUUUCCAUGUGUCAAGAGAUGAAGAAAACCUUCAGGCACUGAGAAGUGUAGGGCUUCAGGCUGCUCCUUGUGUCUGGCAUCAGUGGGAAAUGCAUUCCUAG